AUGGGGAGACGACCUGCUAGGUGCUACCGCCAGAUAAAAAACAAGCCAUACCCCAAGUCAAGGUACUGUCGUGGUGUACCUGACCCGAAGAUCAGGAUCUAUGAUGUUGGGAUGAAGAAGAAGGGAGUGGAUGAGUUCCCCUCCUGCGUCCACCUGGUCAGCUGGGAAAAGGAGAAUGUCUCUAGCGAGGCUCUUGAGGCUGCCCGUAUUGCUUGCAACAAGUACAUGACGAAGAAUGCUGGAAAGGAUGCGUUCCACCUGAGGGUCAGGGUCCAUCCAUACCAUGUCCUUCGUAUCAACAAGAUGCUUUCAUGUGCCGGGGCUGAUAGGCUCCAGACUGGAAUGAGGGGUGCUUUUGGGAAGCCUCUGGGUACCUGUGCUCGUGUGGACAUUGGCCAAGUACUCCUAUCUGUGCGCUGCAAGGAGAGCAAUGCUGUUCAUGCUGAUGAAGCCCUCCGCCGUGCCAAGUUCAAGUUCCCUGGCCGUCAAAAGAUCAUUCGCAGCAGGAAGUGGGCUUUACCAAGUUCAACAAGGCUGAUUACAUCAAGUACAAGAGUGAGGGAAGAAUCGUGCCUGAUGGUGUCAAUGCUAAGCUGCUUGGUGUCCAUGGCCCCAUUGCUAAACGCGCCCCUGGGCAGGCGAUCCUGGCUUGAGGCAGUUGAAGCAUGCACAGACCAUUUCCUUCGCUAG